AACUGACACCGAAAGCACUGGAUCUGGGAAGAAUGGCUCGAAGAUUGCUCGUCGUUCUUCCAGUGGUGCUGCUUGGUUUGGCCUUCCAGGCCAUUCUCCGGCCACCACCUACAAAACGUUGCGGCUCGGCGGGUGGACCUCCGGUGACAUCUCCCAGGAUCAAGCUCAGGGAUGGGAGGUACCUCGCAUACCGGGAAGACGGUGUGCAGAGAGACAAGGCCAAGUACAAGAUCAUCACAGUGCACGCAUUUGAUAGCACCAAGGACUUCCCCUCACCUGUUUCCAAGGAGCUCGUGGAAGAACUGGAAAUUUACCUCCUUGCAUUUGAUAGAGCAGGGUACGGGGAAAGUGACCCAAACCCCGGUCGGAGUGUCAAAAGUGAAGCCUUGGAUAUAGAGGAGCUCGCCGACCAGCUGGAGCUUGGACAGAAGUUCCAUGUCUUGGGUGUCUCCAUGGGAGGAUACACAGUUUGGGGUUGCCUCCAGUAUAUACCUCACAGGCUCACAGGAGCCGCGCUAGUUGUACCAGUUAUCAAUUACUGGUGGCCUUCUUUCCCGCCAGAGGUGUCCAGGCAGGCUUUCAAGAAGCUCAUUGUACCAGAGCAGAGGACCCUCUGGAUCGCACACAAUGCACCUUACUUUUUAUACUUGUGGAUGACCCAGAAAUGGCUCCCUUCUUCUGCGGCAGCCAUGCAUCAUCCUGAAAUAUUUAGCGACCAUGAUAUGGAGGUGAUUCAGAAAAUGAUGGCAAUGCCAAGAACCAUUGAGAAUAAAUCAAGGCAGCAAGGAAUUUAUGAAUCAAUCCAUCGAGAUUUACUUGUUGCUUUUGGGAAUUGGGAGUUCGAUCUAAUGAAUAUUACAAAUCCAUUUCCUACAAAUGAGGGUUCUGUACACAUCUGGCAAGGAUAUGAAGAUAGGUUGGUGCUGGUUGAGCUGCAGCGGUACCUUUCAAAGAAGCUUCCAUGGAUCCAGUAUCAUGAAGUCCAAGAAGGUGGACAUAUGUUCAUGCUGGUGGACGGAUGGACUGAUAAAAUUAUCAAGGCACUCUUGGUAGGAGAAGAGGCAUCACCUAUGUGACUAAAGAUUCAUCUUCGAGCUGCUGCUGGGCAGUGCAGAUGCUACUAACUUUUUCCCCCCAAGUUUUAUCCCUUGGGACACCAAAUUUGUCCAAUUCAACAGAUGAUAGAUCAUACUUCACUUGCUAACUUCAAGCUAUUGUUCUCCAGUACAUUGAAAUUACAAUAUGUGAAACCUUGUUGCUUGUUUUUUAGAUAA